AUGAGCAAUGAUGAAAUAAACAUUGAGGUGGAAGGAUUUGAUGGCAGUGUUGGUGGAUCUUCAGAACAAAUUGAAAAAAGAAAAGAAAUAAUUGAUGAAAGUGAUGAGGAUGAAGUUGAUGAUCCAUUAAAACCUGAAAUGAACGAAGAUUCCCUUAUAACCCUAGAAAAUAUUUAUGAGGACAGGAUGGUUUUUGAUCCUUAUGAUAACAUCCAUGAAAACGGAAAGCUUAAUUUUGCAACCAAAAACAACAAGAAUUACCUUAAAAUUUUCUCAAUAACAUGGAAUAUGAUGGGUCUAUCUUCUCCAAAUGAGGAAUAUUUACUUUCAUUCAUUCCAACAAAUAAUUAUCAUAUCUAUUGUUUUGCAACUCAAGAGUGUGAGAGAUCUAUUGGAACUUCCGUAAUCAUUGAAUCAAAAGCAAAAUGGGAAAAGACACUUAACUCAAUUAUGGGAGAUUCAUAUAUUCAACUUGAAAGUUGUACAUUAGUAGCAAUACACUUGAUAAUAUUUGUACGAAAGGAACUAUUAACACAAAUAAGCAAUGUAAGAACUUGUAGUGUUCCUACUGGUUUAUAUAACCAAAUUGGAAACAAGGGUGGGGUUUCGAUUUCUUUCAAAUUAGGAAAGCGAAAAUUUGUUUUUAUUAAUAAUCAUCUCCCAGCUCACCAAGAAAAUGUAAAAGAAAGAAAUGAAAGUGUAAAGAGAAUUAUUGAUUCUAUCGACUAUGAAGGGAAAAUUCAGCAACAACCCUCAAAAACAAAAGUGAAUCCAGCGGUUUCACAAUCCAAUUUUACUCUAUUUAAACGAGCAGAUAGACCAGACAUUCUCAAAAAGAACAACUUUGUGUUUUAUAUGGGUGAUUUAAAUUAUAGAAUUAAUGGAAAUAGAAAAGUUGUAGAUAAGGUCUUGAAAAUGAAUGAUCUUAAAGUUCUUCAGCUAAAUGAUCAAUUAAUUCUUGAACGAAAAAAAGGAACAGUUGACCUAAAGCAUUUUUCUGAAGGAGAAAUAAUCUUCCCACCAACUUACAAAUUUGAGAAAAAUUCAAACCAAUACGACCUCAGUAAGAAGCAGAGAAUACCUGCUUGGACUGAUAGAAUUCUCUUUAAACCUUCUAAAAAGGGUAAAAUCCACCUUGUUGACUAUAAUUUUUUCCCACAAGUCAAAUAUUCUGAUCACAGGCCGGUCUAUGCUUUAUUUCUGGUUGAUUGUCCAGGUGUAAUCCUUGAAACCACAAGCCAAGAACCAAAUGCUUCAACUUCUCAAGUUUGUUUGGUGCAAUAA